UUCCGUUCCUUUCCAUCCGCGUGCCCGUGGGUUAUCCUGUGUCCUCGUCGAGGGUCUCCAUCGGGGAAGAGAAAUGCCGUCAAAAAUCAUAUUUGAAAGGGAAGAAGAAACCACCGAGGAAGAUAUGGACACUGUCGCAGAGGCUGAGACCCUAAAGGUGAAGAACAAGACCAAAGAGAGUAAGAAGCUGAAGAAGAAACAGCAGUCUGAAGAGCAGGUGGAGGAUCCAGACUGUGACCCUCCAGCACCGAAGAAGAAAAAGAAAAAGGACAGGUUGGCAGCGGCCCAAACGAACGGCCACAUCCAUGAGGCUGCUGACGUGAACGGUAACAGCAAUGAUGCAGAGUCACCAAAACAGAAAACCAAGAAGAAAAAGGAAGUAUCAGAGAAAAUCAAGAAGCAAAAGAAAGCAAUCACUGAGGCAGCAACAAACGGACACUCCCUCCCAAACACACCAGUUCAGACUCCCACCCAGACCCCAUCCCAGUCAAAUGAAGAUUCAGUCAGUGACGGCGACAAUGAGCAAACACUAGAGCAGAGAGAAGGAGCUUUCUCUAACUUCAGAAUUUCCAAAGUCACCAUUGAUAAGCUGAAAGCUCGGGGAGUCACCUACUUGUUUGACAUUCAGGUAAAGUCAUUUAAUCCCGUAUAUGAUGGAGAGGAUGUAAUUGCCCAAGCCCGGACAGGAACAGGAAAGACUUUUUCCUUUGCCGUACCGUUGGUAGAAAAGCUCCAGAAGGAUUGUGUAGAGAUGACCAGAGGGCGGCCUCCCAAGGUGUUAGUCUUGGCUCCUACCAGAGAGUUGGCUAUUCAGGUCGCCAAGGACUUCAGAGACAUUGCCAAACGACUGUCCAUCGCCUGUUUCUAUGGAGGCAGCUCAUACAAUCCGCAGAUUGAUGCUAUUCGUAAUGGAAUUGAUAUUUUGGUGGGAACGCCUGGACGCAUUAAAGAUCACCUUCAGAACAACAAACUCAACCUCUCCAAACUGAAACACGUUGUCCUGGAUGAAGUGGACCAAAUGUUGGACAUGGGCUUUACAGAACAGGUUGAAGAGAUUUUGAGUUCAUCGUAUAAGAAAGACAGUGACACCAACCCACAGACUCUUCUAUUUUCGGCCACCUGCCCUUCUUGGGUGUACGAUGUGGCCAAGAAAUACAUGAGGCCUGACUGCAAGCAUAUCGACUUGAUUGGCAAGAAAACACAGAAAGCUGCAACAACUGUUGAGCAUCUGGCCAUAGCAUGUCACUGGUCCCAGCGUGCUGCAGUAAUAGGAGAUGUUGUGCAAGUGUAUAGUGGCAGCCAUGGCAGAACAAUCGUUUUCUGUGAGACAAAGAAGGAGGCCACUGAACUGGCCCUGAAUGCAUCCAUCAAACAGAGCUCCCAGUCCCUCCAUGGUGAUAUUCCACAGAAACAGAGAGAGACGACUCUUAAAGGUUUCAGGAAUGGUGCCUUCGAGGUUCUUGUUGCCACAAACGUUGCAGCCCGUGGAUUAGACAUCCCAGAGGUCGACUUGGUGGUCCAGUGUUCUCCACCCAAGGAUGUAGAGUCCUACAUCCAUCGUUCAGGGCGAACGGGACGCGCAGGCAGGACUGGAGUCUGCAUCUGCUUCUACCAGAGGAAGGAAGAGGACCAGCUGCGCUACGUAGAGAACAAAGCAGGCAUCACUUUCAGGCGAGUUGGCGUGCCAACUGCCAAUGAUAUCAUCAAAUCAUCAAGCAAAGAUGCUGCCAGGUUUUUGGACUCUGUUCCAGCCACAGCUAUUGAAUAUUUUAGAGAAUCAGCAGAGAAGCUGAUUGAAGAGAAGGGAGCGGUAGAUGCUCUAGCUGCUGCUCUGGCUCAUAUUUCUGGAGCCACCAGUCUAGAGCAGAGAUCUCUGUUGAACUCUGAUGCUGGUUACACAACUAUACAGUUGCUGUGUUCUCAGGAGUUACAUAAUCUAGGUUAUGCCUGGAGAACCAUCAAAGAACAGCUGGGAGAGGACAUUGAAAACCACAUUCACCGAAUGACCUUCCUUAAAGGCAAAACGGGAGUUUGUUUUGAUGUCCCAGCUGAUAAAGUCAAAGAGAUUCAGGAUAAUUGGAAAGAUGGCCGUCGCUGGCAGCUGACUGUAGCCACAGAGCUCCCAGAACUGGAGGAGAAGCAGUUCGCCAACCGUGGAGACAGGAACUUUGGCAGUGGGAAUCGUGGAGACAGAGGAGGGUUUAGAGGUGGGAGGGGACGCGGUUUUGGUGGAAACGGAGGACGUAACAACGGCUUCCGGAGCCGUGGUGGUGGUGGAGGCGGCUACGGCAACAACAGAGGAGGACAAAAACGUACUUUCAGCCAAGCGUUUGAUUACUGAAUAACUUGUUGAUGUACUCACCUUUUGAUCCGGUGGAUUUUAUUAACUACCAUUGGGACCUUGACACACAACCAGGGAAAAUAUUUCUGAUAUAAAAUGUUGGAUUCACAUACCAUAGAAGCAAAACAUUCCCCAUCUUGGUUAAGUGAUACAAAAGCUAAUGUUUGUUUUUACCAUUUAAAACAAUACAUUCUAAUACAGAAUAAUGAUGUCCUAUAUGGCUUUAUAUCAGUAAUAUUGGUAAUUUGGCCAUUAAAAGUUGAUGUAUAACUGUUAGCAACUCAUUUGCUAUUUUUCCAAUGUUUAAAUUGAUAAACUUGAGCUAUUUAAAAAUCCUUUCCCAUCCCUAAAGGUUGAAAUGUGUCACUCUUUCACUUACUGGUAGUGUUGCCUUUUGUGCUGGGUGUUUGGGGAGCAACAACAGCAUAAAGCUGGUGUAAAGUUUUAUAGCACACUCAAUGUCAGGUUGCUGUAUUACCAUCAGCUGAAACCUCUCUCCUCAAAUAUAUACGUUGGAUGAUUGCUUUGCAAUUGCCUCUAUUUAAUAACUGUACUGCUUCCAUUCAUUUGAAUGAAACAAACUUAUUAAAAAGGUCAAUCUGU